GUGUUUUCUUGGCAAAUUUUCCGUUUGCUUCGAAAUUUCCCAGCUGGAUUCGAUUUUUAAAGUUCUUUUAGUGGUUACAAAUUGAUUUAUUCUACCAAAAUAUCCAUAAGUAUGUCUUGUAAGUGUUCUUCAGCCACUAGAGGCUCUAAAAAGAAGCUCCACAAAGAAAUAUUGAAAGUUUUCCUUGUUGAUGACGAACAAUCAGUGCUACAUGAGGAUCAGUUCGAAAAUUUGCAGAAAAUCCUCCGCGAUUUGGACUUUUCUCACAUCCCAAAAUUCAACUCGUUCGACACGACUCAUAUGAUGGCAGCACAUGAGACUGCAAGAAAGAUCUCAAAGAUGCCAGUAAAGGAAAUGAUAAGCACACUUAGCAGUUUGAGAAAACUCUACAGAUCUGACCAACUGGUUGAGUACCUCACUCGAGUAAGUCUGUACAAACACAGCGCAACCACCUCCCUCACUCUCCCUCCUCCCCGCCAAACCCUCCCAAGACUCUACUUCGACUGUCACAUCCUGGAGACUGGCAGAGAAGCUGUUUGUAACAACACGAGACUAGAUCCAGAGCAGAGGUUGUCCUGGUGGAGAGAGGAUCCCGGAAUAGCAGAGCACCACUACAACUGGCACGUCUACUACCCUUACACUGAGGCUCCCCGAGACAGACAGGGCGAGCUGUUCGCUUACAUGCACGAGCAGAUGCUCGCUAGAUACGACUUUGAGAGGCUAGCUGUGGGUUUCGGGCGGGUCAGAGCAUUUGGGCCGGGCUACACUUGGGAGAAACCGUUAAAAGAAGGAUACAACCCUAGAAUGGAGGGCUUCUCAUUCCGGCCCUCUGGAAUGCUUAUCUCUGAGACUAUCAGGAUGGAAUCAAAGCUGAUAUUGACUGAUGUGUUGCAGAGGAACAAAGAGCGCUUCUUCUACUCGCUAGCAAGAGGGUACUUAGAGCGCCCGGACAGCGCUAAAGUUGAGAUAACCAUGGACAAGUUGGGCAACACUAUGGAGGCUAACAUGGGGUCAGUCAACAAGAAACUCUACGGUAACCUCCAUAAUGAUGGACACAACAUUUUGUCCACCAUUAAUGAUCCGGAUGGUAGAUAUGACGUAGAGCCUGGGCCCAUGAUUGCUACUCAGGCAGCACCUAGAGAUACUGUAUUCUAUAGAUGGCACAAAUUCGUUGAUGCCAUCUUCGAAGCUUAUCGAGUGAAUCUCGAGCCGUACUCCGUUAAUGACUUAACCAUGAAGGAUACCGAGGUCAAUAACAUUCAAAUUGUUACAGAAAAGAAGCCGAACCAAGUGAAUAAUUUGUUCACAUUCAUGAUGGAAAAAAAGUACACUAUAUACAAUCCAGAAAAGAAGGUGGUACAAAAAAAGAUUCUAAACCAUAUUCCGUUUAGUUACAAGUUAAAGGUUCGAAAUACAAGUUGCAGAAAUAGUAUGGUAGUGUUUCGAAUUUUCUUGGCGCCUGAAACCGAGGAACUGCUUGAUCAAUGGAGGAAUAUGUUCAUUGAGCUGGACAAGUUUGUUGCUUACCUUGACCCUGGAGAGGACCGUGAAAUUACUCGGUUUGACCACCAAUCCUCCGUAAUCCUCCCUCCUGAGACCACAGUUCAAGAUAUUUUAGACGACAACACAAGCCCUCAACAAACGUGUGGGUGUGGCUGGCCUCGGAACCUGCUCAUACCUCGUGGAAACACAGCCGGGAUGAAAGCGAACUUGUUGGUUCUUGCAACAAACUGGGAGAAAGACGGGGUGAGUCCUGACCAGGUCCUCUCUGGUAGCGUGUCCUAUUGUGGUAAGAUGGGAUACCCUUAUCCUGAUAAGAAGCCCAUGGGGUUCCCCUUUGAUCGUGUUACCACGUUUCUUGAUGUCAGGGACCUGGCAUCUAAACUACCAAACAGUUGUAUAGCUGGUGUUACCAUUAACUUUCUUGAGGAUUACGUGGGGGCAGGUGUUGAAGACAUGGCAGAGGACAGUUCUUAUGUUCUGGUGUCUGAGUAGAGGGUGAUGCAGGGUGUUGAAGACAUGGCAGAGGACAGUUCUUAUGUUCUGGUGUCUGAGUAGAGGGAUGAUGAGGCAGGUUGUACCAGCUGAUCUUUAUGUUCCAGAGUCCGCUGGGUCUGGGUAUUACCUUGUCACAGGUAUACGAUGUACAGACCUCCACUGGUCUGAGACCCCUGUUCUGGACACCAGACCCCUUUAACUAUGUGAUUUGGAAGAUUGUUGACCAAUCAGUUGGAAUUUCGUACUAUACAAUUUGUCGAUGUAUUAAUGUAUUGAUGUCGAUUCACAUAUUAUUACAAUUUCAGUUUCUCCUAAAUUCAUGAAGAAUUAUUCAUUCCCGUUGCUGUAUCAUAUUAUUAAGCAGCAUAGUUGUUCGUUGUCUUGUUUGAAUGAAAACAGGACGCUUUUCAAAUAGUUGUAGCUGGAACAAUCGAUUUGUUGUGUAGAAUGUUAAAGAUGGACCUCAUUUGCUUUUUCGUCAAUAAUUGUUUUAAUGAUCAUUGAAAUUUUAUUUAUUUAUUG